AUGGACAAAAAGAAGAAGAAAAAUAUCACUGAAGGGAUGUGCAAUGGUAAUGUAGAAGAAAAUACAAGAACGAUAGCAAGUCUCUUGGAAACAAAACAAAUAUUCUCACAACACAAAAGACUUUAUGGAAUUGGAGAAUGUCUUUAUAAUGUUAUUAUGACCAAUAAAACUUUGCGAAAAGAAAAAUAA